GUGCAACAGGGCAUCAAGGUGGCAAGGUGGUGAAAAGUGAAAACAGCCGAAACUCGCCUUUAAAGCAUUGUUUUCUAAUUAAAACUGACAUGCCUGAAUGGGCUUAGAAGCACGUGUUGUGCUCCCUCGAGCGUUAAUCUUCGAUCUGCCAAUGAGACGCCCGCUUUUCAUCAGUGAAAAUUUACAUAAGUGGAAAUUGGGAAGUGGACGGUGGUCGGUUACCUCCACCCAAUCCGGUUACGCCUGACGGGCUAACAUUCUGCAUGUGUACACUCCAAAAAGCGUUCAUCAACAAAGUUUCAGAUACUAAUAAGACAAUUUAUGGUAAUAACUAAGGUAAAAGUCUUGAUUGUGAAAAUCUAUCUGGGGGAUCAACUGGGCGCUUGACCGCAAGCAAAAGCCAAAGCAUUUUUCGGCGAAAGGCCGUAAAAUCGCUCGACCAGAGAGCACCAUAAAUUGUCGAAUGGCCCGUAGAAUUUGGUCUACAAAGAUCUCGGAACACUCACCUCCUCACAGUUCAAUUCUUGACGGCGUGCGGAGUGCGUGUGUGAAGUGGCAAGCCCAGCCGAAGGAUCCGCAGGAAAAUUGAAUCAACAAUGUGGCAGCGACAGGUGUUGGUGCUCGGCAUUUGCGGGCUCAUAACAAUGGAGGUGGCGAGGUGCAGCGCCAGUCGCUUUAAUGGCGCCACUUCCGCCGGCAACCAGAACCCGCAGCUAAAGCUGGAGAUGAAUGCUUGGCAGCCUUUCACCCAGCACAACAAUUGGCUCAUCCUCCAGGCGACAGCACCCAGUUCCAUGCAGCCGGAGCGAGCAGAGAUCCGGGAAAGGCGAAAGGAACCGGAACGACUUCCUGUCAAUUUCUACGCCUACAACCAUCGCUAUAACGAGAGCUCCCCAACGCCGGGCGGAAAUUACAAACCGAAUCCUCCCAACGAUCCAUCCAGCUAUGUUCUGGCCAUCAGCCAGCAGAUGCGGCGGGGCCAACUCCUCCGCCAGCUGCCAAAAGCGGAGGAUGUCGAGCCGGAAGUUCACAAGGUAGCUGCGACUUUAACCCACCCGGUUAAUGGUGAUGACGAUAAUAAUCAAGAUGAUGAAAACAGAAUCCUUCCCGGGGGACCAGGAGAUGGCGAACAGGCGUCGCUCCGGGGUGUGGAAUCCUACUUGGCGCCCUUUGAACGCGCCCUGGUGAAAGUGCGCGACUUCUGCGACGCCCUAAGAAGCGUGAUUAGCGAAGAGGCAGAUGAGACGGGUUCAAAUAAAUUGGAUGCCACCGCAGGAGAAGGAGCAGUCGCCGUACAGCCACCAGGUUCAACUUCAAAGGAGCUCCUUGUUCAAGGUCGCUUUCAACGCCUGGCAUCUGCGUUAUCCGAGGGCCGCAAGCUCAAGAAGCUGAAGAAGAAGAUCCAGAAGCUGUUUUUCCCCCUGCUGAUUGCCUACAAGCUCAAGUUCCUCACCCUCAUCCCGGUCCUAAUCGGCGGACUCACGCUGCUCGUAGGCACCACGGGCCUGGCCGGCUUCUUCUUCGCUCUCUUUACGGCUGUAAUGAGCCUGAAGAGCUCCGGAGGUGGCGGCCAUGCCAGCAAGUCACUCGUCUUGAAGAAGCUCUGAUGAGUGCCGCCUUAAAACCCAUUCAGAUUACCUAUUUGGGUAGAGUUGGCCCACUGCUCGGCCAGCAUUGAUUUGUCCGGUCGGUCGGUGGCUAUAAACAAGUGACGUCGCCGAUUUUCAGCGAUAACAACGACGCGCCCGCAAGUGAAAAGAAGUAUGUAAAUAACAACAAAAUCACCCAUUAGUGAAUUUUAAAUACUCUGGUUAAAUACUGGUACCUUAGACACAGUCUUUAAUAUAAAUGACAAUUAUUUGCAGCUCCAUAAGAUAUUAGAGCUUUACGAAAACUACAAUUUCUUUUUUAGCCUUCUAAUUUUUGGAUACAUUUUUCUUAUGUUAAACAUAACACGGUUUGGUUUAAGGUUUUUCUCUUCAUAAAGUCAAAUUAUUAAAUUUUUGCAUAGAUGGGCUGUUAAUUGUAAGUAUUUAUUUGUCUUAAAAUUUU